AUGCAGACCUUCGAGCGCUCGGACAUCACGUGCUCGGGUGGUGAGGGCCAGAAAGACACGGCGGUCUUCCUCGUGGAGGCUGGCGGCACUCUGAAGAACGCCAUCAUCGGCAAGAACCAGAAGGAGGGCGUGCACUGCGACUACCACGACUGCACCAUUGAGAGCGUGUGGUGGGAUGACGUGUGCGAGGACGCGCUGAGCAUCAAGGGUGGCUCGGCGUCCAGCGUGACGACCGUGACCAACUGCGGCGCUCGCUUCGCCGAGGACAAGGUGGUGCAGCACAACGGCUACGGCACCGUCAAGAUCAAGGAUUUCUUCGCGCAGGAGUUCGGCAAGCUCUACCGUUCAACGUGUUCGCCAUCGACCCGCUCGUGA